GACUCAAGUUUCUCCCUCACGUUCUUCCUCUGAUCUCCACCGUCGGAUCUCGGAUCAGCGAAGAUGAACGACGCAGAUGUAUCGAAGCAGAUCGAGCAGAUGGUCCGCUUCAUUCGGCAGGAGGCCGAGGAGAAAGCCAACGAGAUCUCCGUCGCCGCCGACGAGGAAUUCAACAUCGAGAAGCUGCAACUUGUUGAAGCUGAAAAAAAGAAGAUCAAGCAAGAAUAUGAGCGAAAAGAGAAGCAGGUUGAAAUCCGGAGGAAGAUUGAGUACUCCAUGCAACUGAAUGCUUCUCGAAUCAAAGUUCUCCAGGCUCAGGAUGAUCUAGUGAACUCCAUGAAGGAGGCAGCUGCAAAGGAACUCCUGCAUGUCAGCCAUCAUCACCAUACAUACAAACAUCUUCUGAAAGAACUGAUUGUUCAGAGCUUGUUGAGACUGAAAGAGCCUGAAGUGUUAUUGCGUUGUCGGGAAAAUGAUCUCAAACUGGUUAACUCAGUGCUUCAUUCAGCAAAGCACGAAUAUGCAGAAAAAGCAAACGUGUACCCUCCUGAGAUUGUGGUGGAUAAUUAUGUAUUUCUUCCAGCUGCUCCUAACCAUCAGCACUCUCAUGGGCCUUUCUGCUCUGGAGGUAUUGUUAUGGCUUCACGAGACGGGAAGAUCGUUUGUGAAAACACACUUGAUGCAAGGUUGGAUGUCGUCUUUCGGAAGAAGCUACCAGAGAUCAGGAAAGUGCUUUUUGGUCAGGUAGCCGCCUGAUCCAUUUGAGCGAGCCCUCAGUGCCGCAACCUGAGUUAUUUCAAGAUCAUUAUGAUCCCAGUAUAAUUUCCUUGUCCAUUGUUAUGUACUUUCAGCGCCAUGGGUUUGCUUAAAAUUCCUUAUUUGUUCAUUGGCUCUCUGCGAGCUCAUGUACUAUCCCAAUAAAAUUAGAUCCGUCUCUCGUUGCGCAUCGAUCAUCAUAAGCUAUUUGUAGACCACUGCACUACGAAUAUUUUGGGGGAACUGUUAUACGUAUGAGAGCAGAGGCAAGUUGGUUUUCAUGCUA